AUGUUGUCUCACAUCUGCCUGAACUGGGCUCUCCUGGUGCUGCUCACAGGCUCCACAGUAUCAGGAUUUGUUGUGAUAGGAGAGGUGGGUCAGAACAUCACUGUGCCCUGCCACUACAGUGUCUGGAACAGAGGCAGCAUCACAUCCAUGUGCUGGGGUCGGGAGAGGUGCCCCAAUUCAAAGUGUUCCCAGCCCAUUAUCUGGACAGAUGGCUGGAGGGUGACAGAGCAGCACAGCAGCAGGUACCAGCUGAAAGGGGACCUGCAGGAGGGGGACGUGUCCCUGACCAUCGUGGACGCCAGGGAAGCAGACUCUGGGACAUACUGCUGCCGUGUGGAGAUCCCAGGGCUCUUCAAUGAUCAACUGACUAACCUCCAGGUUGUGGUGAGGAAAGCAAGGAUCUCUACUGCAAGUCCUCACACUUACACCUCUGAACAGACCUCAGGUCCUGACAGCACCAGUGACUCCUCCUUCACUGUCACAAGGACCUGGCCAUCAGAUUCUGCCUCAGAAGCUGCUCAGACUGCCCCUACUCCCUGCUCAGGCCCCUCAGACUGCCUGGAUGUGACUGCAAACCUGCAGAACACGUCUGUGUCACUCCCCAGUCAGCAGCACCCAGAGCGUGGGCUCUACAUUGGGCUUGGCUUAUGUGCAGCACUUCUGCUCAUCCUGAUUUUGGCUCUGCUCCUCACUAAACAAUAUUUUUACAACACGAAGAAGAUGGGUGGUUCUGCAGGCUUUGUUGCAUUUCGGAGGCCACGAGGUGUGGGAAGCCACAGUGCCCUGGAAGAGGAGAAUCAUGCAGAGGAAAAUGUUUAUAUCAUACACUAAGGACUGGAUGCAUGGCUGCCUUUGUCAUUGCUGG